AUGGCACCCACAGACAUCCCACCGCCUCUAGAGGGCAAGAAGAGGAGAAUUGGCGUCAUGACAUCUGGAGGCGACGCCCCGGGAAUGAAUGGAAGUGUCCGAGCCGUCGUUCGCAUGGCACUGCACAGCAACUGCGAAGCAUACGCCAUCUACGAGGGCUACGAUGGCCUGGUCAAGGGAGGCGACAUGAUCAAGGAGAUGAAGUGGGAAGAUGUGAGGGGCUUUUUGUCCGAGGGCGGCACACUUAUUGGCACAGCGCGAUGCAUGGAGUUCAUGCAACGGGACGGCCGAAGAACAGCGGCCAAGAACAUGAUCCUCAAGGGCAUCGACGCCCUGGUAAUCUGCGGUGGUGACGGCAGUCUUACGGGAGCAGACAGGUUCCGCGACGAAUGGCCUAGCCUACUGGAAGAGCUGGUCAAAGAGAAGGAGCUCACCGCUGAGCAGGUCGCCCCGUUCAAGCACCUCAACAUCGUCGGACUCGUCGGCUCCAUCGACAACGACCUUAGCAUGACGGACGCCACUAUCGGCUGCUACAGCUCACUCGCCAGGAUUUGUGAAGCGAUUGAUUCCGUGGACACAACAGCAACGAGUCACCAGCGCGCCUUCGUUGUGGAGACCAUGGGAAGGCAUUGCGGAUGGCUCACGCUCAUGGCUGGUGUGGCCACAGGGAGCGACUUCAUAUUCAUUCCAGAGCAGCCUGCGAAGGAGGGCUGGGAAGGCAACAUGCUCAACAUAAUCAGGAAGCACCGUCAAAUGGGUAAGAGGAAGACUAUCGUCAUCGUGGCCGAGGGCGCUAUCGACGAAAAAUUGAACAAGAUCACACCGCACCAGAUCAAGGAGAUCCUCUCCGAAGCUGGUCUGGAUACCCGAGUCACCACUCUUGGACACGUGCAGCGCGGUGGGCAGCCUGCGGCAUACGACAGAAUGCUUUCAACGCUGCAGGGUGUCGAGGCAGUAAAGGCCGUUCUCGAGGCAACUCCUGAGACACCCUCACCUGUCAUCUGCAUGAUCGAGAACAAGAUCGUGCGCCGUCCGCUGCUCGAGGCAGUUGCCCAAACAAAGAAAGUUGCGGAAGCCAUCGAAAAGAAGGACUUCAGGACGGCAAUGGAACUGCGCGAUGCUGAGUUUGCUGAGUACUUUAAGUCGUACAAGAUCACAACAGCAACAGAGCAACCAGAGCUUCUGCUACCAAAAGAGAAGCGGAUGCGUGUUGGCAUAAUUCACGUUGGAGCUCCUGCCGGCGGUAUGAACGCGGCAACACGUGCUGCUGUUGCUUACUGUUUGGCACGCGGACACACACCCGUUGCCCUCCACAAUGGAUUCCCUGGGCUCAUUCGACACCACUCAGAUAAACCCCUCGGCGCAGUGCGAGACAUUAGCUGGCUCGAUGCUGAAAGCUGGGCCAACAAGGGUGGUUCCGAAAUUGGUACGAACCGUGGCCUUCCAUCCGAAGAUCUCGAGACCGUGUCGUAUGUGUUCAAGGAGUACAAGAUUCAGGCUCUGUUCGUUGUAGGUGGUUUCGAAGCCUUCACUGCGGUCAGCGAACUGCGCAAGGGCAGGGAGCAUUACAAGUCGUUCAAGAUCCCCAUGGUCAUCCUCCCCGCUACCAUCUCCAACAACGUCCCCGGAACAGAAUACUCCAUCGGCUCAGAUACGUGCUUGAACGCACUUAUCCAAUACUGCGACGCCUGCCGCCAAUCUGCGUCAGCCUCACGCCGCCGUGUCUUCGUCAUUGAAACCCAGGGCGGUGAAUCUGGUUACAUCGCCACCAUCGCGGGUCUCUCCAUCGGCGCCUUCGCCGUCUACACCCCUGAAGACGGUAUUUCGCUCAAGAUGCUCGAUCACGACAUCGACUCCCUGCGCGAGACGUUCCUGAAAGACAAGGGACAGAAUCGUGCAGGCAAAAUCGUCCUCGUCAACGAAAAGGCGUCCAAGACCUACUCUGUGCAGAUCAUCGCCGACAUGAUUGCUGAGGCGGGUAAGGGCAAGUUCGAGAGCAGACAUGGUGUCCCUGGACAUUUCCAGCAGGGGACCACGCCGAGUCCGAUGGACCGUGUCAGAGCGGUCAGGUUUGCGUUCAGGAGCCUGGAGCACAUUGAGCAGUAUGCUGGUAUGGAUCCGGAUGAUAUCGACGAUGACCCGAUGAGCACGGCUGUCAUUGGAAUCAAGGGCGCAAAGGUUCUGUUUUCACCCAUGGAGGCUAUCGAGAAGAAGGAGACUGACUGGCACCGACGAAGGCCUAAAAAGGAAUUCUGGAUGGAUCUUAAGGAGUAUGUGGACAUCCUCAGUGGACGUCCAUCACAGAACAAGGCGAAGCAGUAG